AUGUCGUCGUCGUUGUCUUCUUCUUUUUCUUCUUCUUCUUCUUCUUCUUCUUCUUCUUCUUCUUCUUCUUCUUCUUCUUCAACUCUUCCACUUCUACCUUAUCUUAACUUCAUCCUCAUCUUAUUCUCCUCCUUCUUUUUCCAUCUAAAAAUCUUCUUCCUUCUUCUAAUUCUUCUUUUUCUUCUUUUUCUUCUUCUUCUCCCAGCUAAAAUUCUUUCUCCCAUUCUUCUUCUUCUUCUUCCCCUUCUUCUUCCCCCCAUCUUAUUCCACUUCCUCCACCUUCUCUUCUUCCUCAUAUUCUUCUUCCUAUUCUUCUCCUUCCUCUUCUUUCUUUCUUUCUUCUUUCAUCUAACCCCCUUUUUCCUUCCCUUCUACUUCCUGCUACUUUUCUUCUUUUUUCUUCUUCUCUUCUUUUUCUUUGUCCUCUUCUCUUUCUUUUCUUUCAAUAUUCUUCUUUUCUUUCUUUUUCUUCUGUCAUUUAACUAUAACUCUUAUCGGUCUUAUGGACUUUUACAGAAAAUCUGCCAUCUUGUCUCCUCAUUCUUCUCUUCGUCAGAACGUGUCAAUUUUCUUCGUCCUCUUCCAUCUUCUUUUCUUCCUUUCCUUCUUUUUUCUUCUGUCAUCUUGCUAUGA